AUGGCAGGAUUUCACCUACCAGGGGACCCAUACAUUCCCAAUCAGGGAAAUGCUGGAUGGAUCGAGCAAGAGCCCGAGCAACAAAUCGAAGAGGAACCCGAAGAGGAUCCCGAGGAAGAACUUGAAGAAGAAACCGAAGAGGAAUCCGGCGAAGAACAAGAAGAGGAGGAGGAAGAUAAAGAAGAAGAAGAGGAAGACGAUGAUAUAGUCAAGGUUGAGAAUGAAAUUGAAGAAGAACCGGAAGUAUUCAACCCUCCUUACAUCGCAAGGGUGCCCGCACAUCGCUUUGGAUACAACGGGCCUGGGCCUCGUUGGGUAACAACGAUCGAAAGGUGGAGCCGACAACAACGCCAAUAG